AUGCUGCCGCUGCUCCACACUCUCUCUGCGCUCUCUGCUGCUAACGGGAAUCUACCCCCCAUCCUCGGCUCCCCACAGGCACAGAGUGACCUAUGGAGACGUUGGGCCAUGGAGACUCUGGCGCCCCUGAACGAGACUCGCCUGGACGAUCAACUUGACACCCAAACAUCGAACUGCUGCGGCAACGCCACACCCACCAACCCCGUGCCCCUUUUACAGCUGGACGACAGCACCAAGCUGGUGGGGGUCCAAGCCGUUCUAAUCCUUGCUUACAGCACCAUCAUUGUCUGCGGGGUCAUCGGGAACUCCCUUGUCAUCUACGUGGUCUACAGGUUCAGAAAUCUCCGCACCGUCACCAACUUUUUCAUUGUGAACUUGGCCGUGGCAGACUUACUGGUGAAUACGCUGUGCCUGCCGUUCACCCUGGUCUACACUCUGUAUGGGGAGUGGAUGUUCGGACAGGUGCUGUGCUUCAUGUUGCCCUGUGCUCAGGGCAUGGCAGUGCACGUGUCCACCAUCACCAUGAACAUUAUUGCCUUGGAUCGCCACCGGAGCAUCGUGAGACACACAGAGACCCGUAUGUCCAAAGAUAUGUGCGCUCUGGUCAUCGGUGUCACAUGGGCGGCCAGUGCCAUGUUGGCGAGCCCGCUGGCCAUCUUCAGAGAGUACGUCAGCUUCGAUAUUUCCCCCGACGAGUCUAUUCAGGUUUGCACUGAGAAGUGGCCCGGCAGCAACAUGAAUGGAGGCAUCUACAGCAUCUGCAUGUUGCUCAUUCAGUAUGGCCUGCCUCUGGCCAUAAACUGCUUCGCCUACAUUCACAUCUGGAGAAAACUGCAGAAGCGUCUGACCGCCGGCAGUCGCAGUGGCCGGCACCAGCGCAAGCAGAAGACCACCAAGAUGCUGGUGACCAUGGUGGUGGUGUUUGCAGUGAGCUGGCUGCCUUUCCAUGCCUUCCAGUUAGCUGUGGACAUAGACAGUAGUGUUCUGUACAUGAAGGAUUUCAAACUCCUCUUUACCCUGUUUCAUAUCAUGGCCAUGUGCUCCACUUUUGUUAACCCCAUACUGUACGGUUGGAUGAACAAGAACUACCGCACGGCCUUUCUGUCUGUGUGCCGCUGCAACCAUCCCUUCAGCCUGAAGGCCAGCCACCUGAAACGCAGGACCUUACCCAAGGAGAAGGACAUGCCCCGCAUCCCCUGGAGGUCGACCAACUUGUGA